AUGGCGAAGAACAAGCCCAAGACAGAUAACUCCCGUGCGGCCCGUCGGGCUAUGUCGCCCAGCUUGAAUGUGGACAAGUCCUUGACCUCUUUGCCGCGAGCCGAAUCUCCAAGCGCUCAACGACCCUCCGUCUUGAGCGAUCGCAGAAAUUCUGGAAUACAGAAGAAGCAGAAACAGAAGAAGAUGUCAAGGGCACAGCGUAUGAGACAUCAAAAGGGCAUGGACAGAGCAGAGGCUGUCAUGGACCAGAUGGAAAUUAAAAAGGCCAGAAGCUUCAGCCGAGCAAAGGUGGUUAAGGAUCGAAGGGGUGAAUGGGAGGAGUUGAACAAGAAAGCGGGCAUGUUUGCAGCUCUGCAACAAGCCAAUGCAGGAGAUGACGACGACGACGACGACGAUGACGACGAGAUGUCCGAGAACACCAAGCAGCCCAAGUCCGCACAGAAUCUUUUCGCAUCUGAAACCCCGGUGUCUAACCCGGUUGCGGACGAGCAUGCGCCAGUUGACGAGGAGGACGAUAUCAUCUGA